CUGAUGACGGUCAUUAUUGCGCUUGUUGCCAAACCCGUUAUACAAGCUCGCGCACAGGCAGAGAUGGACAUGGUAGUCGGAAAAGACCGUCUGCCGACGUUCGCUGACCGCGAUAGGAUCCCUUACAUGCAGUGCAUCCUCAGCGAAGGGUUCCGUUCAUACUUACAGAUAAGCGCAGGUGUCCCCCACCGGCUGUGUCAAGACGACUACUACAACGGAUACUACUUGCCGGCAGGCUGUAUGGUCAUUGCGAAUGCGUGGGCCAUGCUCCAUGAUCCUCGCGUAUACCUAGAUCCUGAGGUAUUCAAUCCCGACCGCUUUCUGAGCGGCGAAGGGCGGACUCCGCAGCCUGUCCUAAGAGGCCCUGCUUUCGGCUUCGGCAGACGCGUCUGUCUGGGGAAAGAUCUCGCGGAGAACCACAUCUGGGCGGCAGCACAAUUUGUAGCCGUA